CCUCACAACUUAUCCUAUUUUUAUUUAUAUUUUUCCUUCCUUUUUUCCUUCACUUUGCAAUGACGAUAAUAUUAAGGUUGACGCAAUAUGCGUAAUAUGUAGUAGUGUUAGUGUUAGUGACCGUGGAGUCGCGGGAGUAACACUGACUCUACUGUACCGAUGGCAGGGUACGCUGGGGAGUUUAAAAACCAUCAGCUGAUUUUCGGAGCAGAUGAAAAAUUUCACUAGCUGUCACUGUAAUAACUUUGUUCUUUUCCUUUGGGUUUGUGUUGAUGAAUAAAAGAGGAUAAAUACAAUUGUUGAAUAAUUGAAAUGGCAGAGUGACGACGACAGACACUAAUUGUUGAAUUAUGCAUAUCAUGUGGAGGACUGAACGCAGCAGUUCGUGAUAUUAUAAGGAAUUGUUGGACCCCCUACUACUGUGAUUACAUGCUUGGAAACCGAUAAGUAUUUAUUUGCUUCAUUGAGUCAAGAAAUGGAGACUGAGAAGGACAGUGAAAAUAAUUCCGCUCCUGAUGGCACAGCAAAAACAAACAAGGAUUCUAAUAAAGAGGACCUUGAGGAGCGUUAUAAUAAGUUGAAAGGGUUCGCACUCAAGUUGAAAAAGAAAGUGAAUGAUCUGUCUGAGGAAUUAAAAACUUCCGAAGCCGAGAAAAUCAAGGCUGUUACUGAGAGAGAGGAAAUACAGAAGAAAGUAUCUCAAAUAUCAGACAAUGCCAAGAAGUUACAGACAAUUCAACUCGAAUACGACAGACUCCAAGAUGCCCUCGAGGAGCAGAAGAGCGAAAACCGGAAAAUAACGAAAAACCUGGAGACCCUUGUCCUGGAGAACACAACCCUGAAACAAUGCCAGUACGAGCAGAGGGACAAUGUCGCACACGUAAAUUCAGAUUUGGAGAAUCGUACAAAAGAGUUGACGGAGUUGAAAGCAAUCUUCAAGAAGAAUCAGAGCUUGAUAAAAAAAUUGGAGGAGGAGAAGAGGGCAGAGGUGAUGAUCAGAGAACAGAGGGAGAAGGAUUAUGAGGACAUGAAAAAUCAAUUGGAGGCGGAAAUUCAAGCCCACAGAACGACGAAGGGACAGUUGGACACUGCGAGGCAGGAACGAGCCAGUAAUAAUGUUUUGUUCCUGGAGGUCGAUAAUUAUGAGAGAAGCAUUGAAGACUUGAAAUCAAAACUAGCUGACGAGUCUGAGAGAUGCAGAGCCCUGGAAUCCACGAUAGAGGAGCAACGUCAGCUCCUCAGUACCUCAGAGAGUCAAUUAGCAGAGCUCAGAGACACAUGUUUCGCGAAAACUAAUCAAUUAACCACUCUAGGCGAGAAAAACGAGAGCCUAAAGUCUGAAUUAUGCGAUUUGCGACAAGAAAUCGUGCAGAUGACAAAGGAGAAAGAGACUCUGCUGGAUGCAAUGGAGACAAUAAAAUCGAAUUCCGAUAAAUUAUCGAAGGAAUCAGCAGCUCACACUGCGGAGAGGAGUAAACUCCUCUCGGAGAUCGAGAAUCAGAGCAAAAAUCACGUGCAACAGGUGGAGAUUUUGAAAUUCGACAUCUCCAGAUUGACUGAUGCUCUUCAACACUCGAACAACGAGAUCGAGUCCCUGAGGGCAGAAUUCGAGGGCUACAAGCUUCGAGCCCAGAGUGUUUUGAGGAAUAAACAGAGCCAGAAUAAAGAGUCUGGGCUGAAUGGUCGGAGCAUCAGUGAGAUUGAAGCAGAGUUGAAUCAUCUGCGCAGUCAUUCAUCCCAACUGCAAGAGAAAUUGAAGUCCAGUGAUGGAGAGAUCAAGUCACUGACAACGGAUUUGAGUUUGGUGAGGGAGGAGAGGGACUCGGUGAGGGACAGUGCCAGGGACUUGGGGAAAAAACUGUCUGCGUUGAGCCAGGAUUACUCGACACUGAGGGAACAGUAUAGAAUGCAACUGAGUGUUGUGGAUAGAAUUAGGGAUGAGUUUGAGACGAAGGAAGAGAGUUUGAAGACUAAUUAUGAGAUGCAAAUUUCCACUCUAGAGCAGAGAUAUCAACUCGAAAUCGAGAAACUCCGCUCUGAUCUCAGCAAAUUAUCCUCCAAAACCGUCGAUAAAUCGUCAGAAUUUAGACACGAUGGCGAUAGUAACGUAUCUAGAAACGAUAUGCACUUACUGGAACGAGAGGAUGGAGAAGGCUCUGAGAGUGUGGAUUCAUACACAAUCGGUGGCUCCUCAGCCGAAAAACAGAGGAGACCAUCACUGAUGCCCCUGGAUGAAUUAUUAAAUUCGUCCGACGACUUUUCGAAAUCAAGUGGUCCACCUCUGCCCUCCAAAGUCGAUCGCCAGGAGCUGGAAAUUUCCGAGAGACGAGUUAAACAUUUGACUGUUUUGCUGGCAGACGCUGAGAGGGAUGUGGCUAAAUUGAAUCAGUUGAAUCAGAUGCUGAAGGAGGACAUCCGGAGGCAACAGAGGAGUGUGGAGAGAGAGCAUCAUGCCAAUAAUUUUGAGUACUUGAAGAAUGUCGUUAUGAAGUUCGUUACUUUGAGAAAUGGAGACGAGAGGAGUCGUCUCAUUCCAGUGCUCAAUACAAUUCUCAAGCUGAGUCCUGAGGAGACUCAUCAACUUAAUCAAGUAGCUGGAGUUUCAGGACGAGGAUGGCUGCCCUCUCUUCCCAUUCCUGGAUGGAGUCACGAUUAAUUGGCCUCAUUGUUUCACAAAAAAAAACUCGAAACGUUUACUGGAGAGUAUUUUCAAACCCCAAGAAUAGCAAUAAAGCAUAUUUUCGAUUGAGAA